AUGCAUUCUCCGUGUGGAUAUACCUUCCUUCGCCCAGUCUCCUCCCCUGCAACCUACCGUCUGGCUAGAGUCGCAGCACACAUCUCCCCAGGUGUUUCGGCCACAACUGUACCCGCUACAAUACCAUCCGCUAUAGUCACACCCACUGCAGUCACACCCGCUGCAGUCACACCCGCUACAGUCACACCCAGGGCAACCGCCAAGCCUCCAUCCAUCUCCACGCACGUGCUGGAUGUGGCUCUGGGCAGAGGCAGACCCGCUGCUGGCAUCAAAGUGAAUGCAGCUUCCCUCCUGAGCCAGCCUUGUGUUCCAACCACAUCUGUACCAACUACAACUCCACCGACUACAGUCACACCCACUACAAGUGCCAAGCAUCCGUCCAUCUCCACGCAUGUGCUCGACGUGACUCGAGGCAGACCCGCUCCCGGCAUCAAAGUGCUGCUGGAGAAACAGAUAGAAGCCCGAAAGGGGAGCAGAGAGGUCAAGAGUGAAACUGGUGGGAGCGGUGAGAGUGGUGGUGUGCGGUUGGGAUGGGAGCGAGUGGGAGAAGGGGUGACGAAUGCGGAUGGCAGGGCUGCUGGGUUGCUGGCAGGUGGAGGGGUGGGGGCUGGGAUUUAUCGUCUGAGCUUUGCAACUGGGGAGUAUCUUGGGCUGAUGCAUGGCACAAGAGUGGCUGGAAACGCACAAGUUAGCAGUGGCAAUGGUGGUGGGUUCUUCUCGAGUGUGUCUAUGGUGUUCCAAGUGCUGCCAGAGCAAGAGAGGGAGCAUUUUCACGUGCCGCUGCUGCUCUCCCCCUUCUCCUACUCCACCUACCGAGGCAGCUGA